ACAUAAGAAAAAAGUAUUUUAACCAUGCCUAAUCCUAAAUUAGGAAAAGCUCUUCCUGAUGUAAUAGUUCAACUGGUCAAGACCUUUUAAGAAGACAGUGAACAUAGCCUAUAAUGCCUGGUAAAAAGGACUAUGUAAGCAUAAAGAAAAAUGUCCACAUGCAAAAACGUUUGCUCUUAUGUAAUUUAAAGGAAUUGUUUGUUGCCUUUAAAACCAAGAAACCAGAAACAAAAAUAGGAUUUUCAAGGUUUUGCACCUUGCGACCUAAAUGGUGUAUUACUGUUGGUGCCUCAGGAACACAUUCUGUAUGCCAGACGCAUACAGAAUGCUAUUCAGCAGAAUUUGAAACUGCUUUUACAUCCUCUUGGUGUGACAUACAAAGAAUUGUUACCUUAUAUUGUCUGUGAUAUAGCUAAUAAAGACUGUAUGAUAAGGAAAUGUGAAAAAUGCCCAGCAACUAUGAAUGCAUUGGUUGAAAAACUUUAUGAUAUACUUGGAGAAUUUGAAGAUGAUGAUGAGAUUCAAUUUGAUCAAUGGACAACAACAGAUAGAUCAAACUUGACACAUAAUAAAGAGCCAGUGUUUGAAUACAUUGAACUAGUAUGUAGAAAACUGGAAAAACUUGCACCACAUUCGUAUUUAGCAAAGAUACCUAGCAUUAUACCUGAGAUCAAGAAAGGAAGAUAUGAAUGAGGUAACAGCAUUAUUUCUGGGUGAUUUUUCAGAAAACUAUAAAUUUGUAGUUCAGGAUGAAGUGCAAAGCUUUCAUUGGACAAAUUUACAAUGUACACUUCAUCCAGUGAUUAUUUAUUUCAAAAAAGAAACCAUUCUCAAACACAAAUCCUUGUAUUUUUUCAGAUGAUAUGAUCCAUGAUGCGAACAUGGUUUAUAAAAUUAUUGAGGUUGUUUGCAAUGAUAUAAAAAUAAAUUUGCCUCAAAUAAAAAAUAUUGAAUACUUUUCAGAUGGGUGUGCAGGUCAAUAUAAGAAUUGCAAAAAUAUGUUAAAUCUUUGUUUCCAUUGUGAAGAUUUUGGUUUUACUGCUAAAUGGAACUUUUUUGCAACUAGUCACGGUAAGCAACCUUGUGAUGGGAUAGGUGGUACAGUCAUAUGUCUGGCAACACUAGCAAGUUUGCAAAGAGAUAUGGAUAAUCAUAUUUUAUUUCCACAAACAAUGUAUAAAUAUUGCAAUGAAAACAUUGAAGGCAUAAAUUUCAUAUAUAUUUCAUCAGAAGAUUUAACUUUGGUGAGAACCGCUCUUAAAGAACGAUUGGAUACUGCUAGUACAAUACCUGGAACAUGUAGUUACGAUCAGUUUGUACCACUUGGCCAUCCAAAGGUAGGCACUAAGCUAGGAAAUAUCCAGAUAACAACUGUAAACCUAGUACCAGGUGAUUAUGCCUGUGUUUCCUAUAAGCAAAAGUGGUGGAUAGGAGUCAUUGAAGGUAUUAAUUUAGAAGAAAAAGAUGUGCUUGUAAAAUUUGUUUCCUAAUGGUCUUACAUGGAUGUUUAAAUGGCCACCAAAGGAAAGCCAAUGCUGGAUUCCUUAUAUCCACAUUAUUUGCAAAGUUGAGGUACCGAUAACAAAAACAGGACUUUGCUACUAUUUAGCCAAAGAGGACUUAAAA